UUUGAGAUUUUAAUUAGUUACAGUUUUUCACUUGGGGAAGAGUAUAUAGGAAACAAAGGGCAAAGAUGGAUGACUACAACUAUGGGAGCCAGACGAUUGAAACUGCUAAAAAACCAAAUAUUUACAAUGAAUUGAUAAAGAAAACUUUGCAGUUUUUAGUCCUAGUAUCUCUCAUAUUUUUCCUUCUCUAUUACACCUAUGGUUUCUCCUUCUUUUUCACCUAUAAUUUUCACUUUUCAGCUCUUGUUUUCCCACUGUUUGCACAUGGCUUUGAUAGGAAAUACAUGUUCCUACUUUGUAAUGCUAUUCUUGCAUUUCUUGCCAAGAACUUGAGUUGUACCUCUUCUUCUUCUUCUCGUGAUGAAGAACAAGAAUAUGUAUUAAUCAAAGGUAAGGAAGAAGUAGAAGAGAAUAAAGAAGAAGUUGCACAAGUAGAAGAAACUGCAGCAUGUUUAUUAGUAUCAGAUACAGAAACAGUAGAAGAAGGAAAUGAAGUGAAUAUGAGCAUAGAGGAACUCAAUAAGAAGAUUGAAGAAUUCAUAAGGAAAAUGAAAGAAGAAAUUAGGACUGAAGCUAUGCACUCAAGUUCAAGGGAGUGAAGGUCAUGGGAGAUCAAGGUUCAAGUUCCGGCCAAGACAAAAAAGUGCUAAUCAUAGUUUUUUUUAAUCUGCCUAAGUCUGAUUCGCAUAGCGACUCGAUAUUUUUGUUGUUGGAAGAUAGCAAGUACACGAUAAAAUAAUCGAAAUGUGCACGAAUUGACGCAAACAGUAUGAUCAUUAAAAGGAAAAGAAAAACAUAUGCUUAAGAACAGCUUAUAACACUUUAGUCCCUCUAUUCUCUUCCACCUUGCA